AUGUUCAUACAGAGCCAUGAAACGCCCAAUCCAAACAGUAUAAAAUUUCUUCCAGGAAAGCCUGUCCUGUCAUCCGGAGAAACACUUGAUUUCUCAUCAAAAAACAAAGCAAAAAUGUCACCCUUGGCAAAACGGCUUUUUCGAAUACAAGGAAUCAAAGGAGUCUUCUUUGGACCUGAUUUUAUCACAAUAACAAAAGAUGAUGAAUGCGUUGAAUGGAUGGUUUUGAAGCCGAACAUCUAUGCAGCUAUUAUGGACUUUUAUGAAUCUGGUCAACCAAUUGUUAAAGAAAGCAAGCCAGGUGACACCAUCAAGGAUGUAGAGAACGAGAAUGCUGAAGUGAUAGAUCUCAUAAAAGAACUUCUCGACACAAAGAUAAGACCGACAGUGCAAGAAGAUGGUGGAGAUAUUCUAUUCAUUAGUUUCGAGGACGGUAUAGUGCGUGUAAAAAUGCAAGGCUCAUGCACAAGUUGUCCUAGCUCCAUAGUUACCUUGAAGAAUGGUGUACAAAACAUGCUUCAAUUCUAUGUACCAGAAGUAUUGGAUGUUGAGCAGGUCACUUUUUACCAUAUUGUUACCGUACGACAUAUUGUUACCGUACGAUGUAUUCCUAGGUAUCAUAUAAUAAUGCAUAUAAAUACGCGCCAAGUUAUUUUUGAUACGAUAUAUCUAGGCAUUAACUUGAUACAGAUAGACUUAUAA